UUAUUACUUUUUUAUUUUCUACAUUAAUAACUGAUCAAUAUGCUGGUAACUCUGAUUAUCAAUAUGUACUUUUUUCCAUUGGAAAUUUUAAUACCAAUAUUUGAAUAAUUAAAUAUUUUUUUAAUAAAAUUAAUUCAAUGAUUAAACUUUAUUUUGAUAUAAAAAAAUUGAUCAUUUUUUUGUUUUACUAAUAAUUUUUAACAAAGAAUUUAAAAAUGUUAAUUUUAAAUUUAAGAAUUCACUAGUUCAAAAAUUAUUCAUAUGUAAAAUUGAUGCUUUUUAAAAAUAUAUAUUGAUUUCGCUCAUUGGACAAUUCAAUAUGACGUAAUAAAAUAUUUAAUAAAAUAUUAAAUUUUAACAUCAUUAAAUAAGUUAAAUACGAAGAAUUUUUGAAUAAAUUUCUAAACUUAAAAUUAAUAUUCUAUUCAUUAAAAACAGAUACAGAAAAAAAAUAUUAAUUUUUUUAUUUUAAUAAAAUUAAUUGAUAUAAUUAUUAUACGUAAUAUCAUAUACAUUUAUUAUCAAAGUUUUUUUUUAUUCUUUUUUAUUAUUGAAUAUUAAUGCAAUUGUAUGUAAAUAUUCUUCUAUAUAAUUUUCAUUCCGUAUUGAUUUUUGUGGCUUUUAUCAUUAAUAUAAAUAUGCCUUUAAAAGGUAUAAAAGUAUUAGAAUUAGCUGGAAUUGCUCCAGGUCCUUUUUGUGGAAUGAUAUUAAAUGAAUUUGGUGCAUCUAUAAUUAGAGUAGAUAAGAUUGAUGGAUUUUAUAAUACUAUUGAUGUUCUAAGUCAUGGAAAAAGAUCAAUUGCAUUAAAUUUAAAAACUUCUCAGGGUCUUGAUAUAUUUAAAAAACUGAGCAAUCAAAGUGAUGUCAUUAUAGAUCCUUAUAGAGCUGGAGUAAUGGAAAAAUUAAAACUUGGACCAAAAGAACUUAUGGAAACAAAUAAGAGAUUGAUAUAUGCUAGAUUAACAGGAUUUGGUCAAAAUGGAUCUUAUGCUAAUAUGGCUGGACAUGAUAUUAACUUUUUAGGUUUAUCUGGUUUAUUAUCAUUAUUUGGACGAUAUAAUCAAAAACCAACACCACCAGCUAAUCUAACUGAUUUUACUGGUGCAUUGAUUUGUGUUUUUGGUAUAAUGCUAGCAUUAUUUGAACGUAGUAAAAGUAACAUUGGUCAAAUAAUUGAUGCAUCAAUGGUAGAUGGAUCAGCAUACAUAGGUAGUUGGAUAUAUAGAUCUCAAAAUAUAUUUGGUUUAUGGGGAAAUCCCCGUGGUAAAAAUAUAUUAGAUUCUGGAGCACAUUUUUAUGAUACAUAUGAAACAAAAGAUAAACAAUAUAUAUGUGUUGGAGCAAUUGAAUCUAAAUUUUAUGAGAUAUUUUUAGAAAAACUUGGUAUUACUUCUGAUGAAUUACCACAAUUUGAUAAAUUUGAAAAAAAUCGUGAAAAAUUAGAAAAAAUAUUCAAACAAAAAACUCAAGCAGAAUGGUGUGUCAUAUUUGAUGGCACAGAUGCUUGUGUAACACCAGUUUUAAAUUUAAAAAAUGUUGCAUUACAUGCACAUAAUAAAGAAAGAAAUACAUUUAAGAUUGAAGAUGAUGGUUUAGUUACUCCAAAUCCUGCUCCUCGUUUAUCUCGUACGCCUGGUAUAUCCAAAAAAUAUCAAAAAAUUCCUGAAUUAGGUGAGCAUACUAUAGAAAUUCUUGGUGAAUUAAAUUUUAAACAUGAAGAAAUUACUAAUUUUAUAGCAAAUGGAAUUGUUAAUCAAAAAAUGAAACGUUCUUCACUUUAAGCAUAUAUUUGAUUUCUACUGAAAUUUAUAUAUCUUUAUUAAAUAUAUAAAAUUAUAUAAACAUAUGCCCAUACUAAUCAUUUAUAGAUGAUACAGUAAAUAAUGAGAAUGGAAAAUAACAAAUAUAUUUUUUAUAUGAUUUAUAUAUAUAUCUGUGAUUUAUAUACAUAAUUGUAUAAUAUUGUUUCAUUAUUAAAAAAUAUAUAUAUGUGAACUAUUUAUAGAUAAUGUUUAUUAUAUAUCAUAUAUUAUAUAUUAUAGUCAGGUAAUAUGAUUGUAUGUAUAUGUAUAAAAAAUAUUCUUUUGUUUUCACUAUUUUGUUUUUAUUAUUUAAAUAUUUUAUAUUUUUGUAUUUCAUUAUAAAUAUAAGUAUAUAUUUUUUAAA